AUGGAUGUCGUCGGCAGCGAAAUUGGGCAGAAAAUGCGGUCUGCCAUCAAGGCCAAGCUGACUGAAUUAGGGUGCUAUGUUGAUGACGAAUUACCUGACUAUGUUAUGGUAAUGGUAGCCAACAAGCGCACUCGAGCGCAGAUGGAAGAUGAUCUACAAUUGUUCCUGGGUGACAACACUGAGCUGUUCGUCAACUGGCUACACCAAGUAUUAAAGAAACUGCAGGAAGUUACUGUAGCCACUCCUCUCAAAACAGUAGAACGCGAGAAAAGCAAAGAGAGGUCGGAUUCGAAAGAGAGAAAAAGUAAAGAAAAGAAGACUAAAGAUAAACAAAAGAAAAGUGAUGUGAAAAAGUCAAAGAAAAAAGAUAAAGAAAAGCUUUUUCGUAAGAAAGACGAUAAGAAAAUUCACAAGACUAAGAAAAAGAGUAAACACCACGAUAUAAUUCGGCCGAACAUACCGCCUUUACUUAUGAACAUGGAGAAGGAAUCUGAACCUUCAAUUACAGAUGUGUUUGCUGGCCAAAUACUAAAAAACCAUGGGAUUACUCUUGAAGUAACUCAAGAAGAAGCAAAGCCGGAGAAAAAGCCAGUUGUAGUGGAACUUAAAAGGCCAAUCCUACCUAUAAUAGACCCUGCUACAAUAUCUUCACAACCAGAACAAUUAGAAAUGGAAGAAGAUUCUAGAAGAACUAGUGUAUCGUCUCUCGGUGCCCCAAAAGAAGAUCAAAUUAAAGAAAUAAACCAAAUUGAAGCUAAGAUACAAGGGUUAAAGCAGAAAUUGGCAGAGCAACUAGAUUCAAUGUCAGAUGAUGAAGACUUUUUGAAUAUUAGGACGGAAGCUGAGGAGUUGAUGAAUGAUUUCGCUGAAGAUGUGUUUCAGGAAAUAUCACAACAGGCGCCACAGGUUUCAGCCACAGCCACAGUAACUCCGCCAAUGGAGCGGUCCAAAUCUUCUAGUCCCCCACCACUCCCUAAACCCGCAGAGCCCCCUAAAGAGCUCACAAAGGACCCCAUAGAGACCUUACCACAAAUAGAACUCAAACUCCCAAAAAGACCUGUAAGAGACAGAUUAGGAAUCCGAGAGGAACCGAAAAAGCCUGAAACAAAGGAAAAAGAAGCGAAGAGGACAGAGAGUCCUGAAAGAUUCACACCUGAACGAGAACCAAACUUCUGGCCCCAAAAUAAAUCAGCCAAGAGUCGGCUCGGGGAGCAUCCAGAUGCUUCGAAAAGAACUUCUGUAACCGAGGAGAAACCGACAGAAAAACCUGAACCACAACCUAAAAAAUUAACGUCUAAGGUGUCAGUGCUGGAGAACCGUCCGAGUCGGUCGAGCUGUGCGAGCGUGGUCCGCGUCCGGCCGCGGCCGCGGGUGUCGACGCCGGCCAACAGUUUGUUGUUGCGCGCUGUAGCCGACGCUCACAAAAGCUUGCUCAAUGCACCACCUAAAGUUGAUACAGAGCCACAGAUAAAACGCGCACUAGUGCUGCCGAUGCGGCGAUGUGUGGAAGCUCAGAAGAUAGUCAUACAAGUACCUGCCGACACAUCACAGAUGGACGACCGGGGCGACAGUAUUAGUCUUGGAGACAAUGAUAGUGAAGAUGAAAAGAGUUCCAAAGUAGCGAGUGAUGUAGAUAGAGAGGAGUAUAUACCGGCUCCCAUCACAAAGAAGAUCAUCAACAGCGAGUACACGCCCUCGAAGAGGAAUGAAGGCAGGACUGCCAGCAGGAAGGACGACACACUCAUUAUAGAGACCAUAAACAUACACAACCCGUCAAUAGACAAAGACAAGAACACACAAUUCAUAGUCACAAUGGAUGGUUACCAUCCAAACGCAUUUCUAGCAAAGAAAUUACUCACAGAAGGCUUACUAAGCGAAGAAGAUGAUAUUAAAAAACUAGAAUCAUCAGAUGCUAUAAAAACGCCAGAGAUUAAGGAAACUAAAGCAGUAGUAGAAGAAGAAGAAAAAAAAGAGACACCACAGAAGAAAAGACUUAGCAAUUCUAGUGCGGAAAGUGAUACACAAGUAAUUAUUAAAAAAGAAGAUAAUAAAGUGGAAAAGAGAAAGAGUACAGAAGUAUUAAAAGUUGAUCCUGUACCUGCAAAGAAGAGAAGGGCGUCUCCCAUUGUUUUUGAUGUCGAUAAGAAGAAAGAGGAGAAGGAGAAGGAGAAGGAGCCUGAAAGAGUUAGAGAGAGAACGGAGAGUGCAAGCAGUGAUCAACAUGUUACUGUCGCAACUGUUACUAAUACACAUAAAUAUGAUUCUGUGCCGCCUUUGAGUGCGGCGGAGCGCAAGUUGGUGUGGUGCCGCGCGUUCCCGUCGUGCCGGUACGGCGCCGCGUGCGCGUUCUCCCACCCGCGCUGCAAGUUCGCGGCCGCCUGCACGCGGCGCCACUGCGGGUACUCGCACGCACACGCCGCGCUCGCGCCGCCCGCCGCGCCCGCUAUUGCGUCCCACGUGGUACCAGCAGCGAAUUACAAGACGAUAUCAGCCAUAGUGCCGAACAUGUGCAAGUUCUACCCAAACUGCGUGAAUCCAACAUGUCAUUACUAUCACCCAAAGCCCUGCCGCUACGGCAAGGCCUGUAUCAACAAAUUAGAAUGCAAUUUUUAUCACGCAGAUGUACCUGCGAAAUGGAGAUACCCUGUGUAA